CCAAAAGCUGCAUUUGUUUAUGCCAUUUUGAUGCAAUCCAGAAAUAUAGAGUUGAGCCGUGUACAGAGAAUGGUGUCAAUGUUAUUGAUGGAUAACAUUUGUGAUCAGAAGGUUUAUGAUCGAUUGCAGCCUUUAGGAGCAUGUUUAUGCUAUGGCAGAACAUUGACAGUUGUAGAUCUAAUUGGAGGUAGCUUCAACCACCACCUCAUAGACAAUCUUAAAUUGAAAAGAUUCAGAAUAAUUGGGGACAAUGUGAAUUGGAAAACAUCUGUACAUGACGAAAGAAUCGAUAAUAAGUCACAUAUGGAACAUGCUUUUGCAUCUGCAGUAAUUGUACAGAAUACUGAUUUUUCUUAUUUACAUAUGCCGUCACCAUUUCAUUGUACUAUGCAGGUUAAUGAAUUUAGGGAUUAUAUACCUAAUCCCAAUGAUAUUCAGAAUAUCAAGUACGACUACACCAUAUUGAUUGCUCGCGUGCUUCAAAAUCACAUCCCUUUCUUCAGACAAUUUAAAGAUGUAAUUCCAAAUGAAAUUAGUUCUCCAAUAUCAGAUAAGUUAAAACAAAAAUCCAGAGUUAUCCCGCUUGCUGUAUUGCACAAAAAUGAACAGCGCUAUCAAGAUGUAGUUGGAAUACUUGAUUACUACGAAAAGGUUGUCGAAGAUGUAUUUUCAAGUGUUGGAAAACAUAUGGAUGAUGUUAAGAUUCACAUUGGGGGGGAUUUACUGACCAGAGAACGUUUUUCUGGGGCAAAGAAUUUGAGAGCCCACCAUGUAGAUCCAAAAGAGAAAUUCAGUCAUCUUUCCCCAAUAACUUUUGAAUUAUUUCACCUAUUAAUGAACUUUUUAACCAUGACAUUUAAGAUGCUAUAUUCAAAGGAAAGUGGAGCAGAAUUGGGAACAUUGAAGUCUUUUCAAGAUAGAAUUUCAAGAUCCAAUGUGGGAGAAGAUGUUAAAAACAAGUACGAUGCAGAUAAAGACUUUUUUAUUUCUGUUGUGGACAUGCAUAUUGUAGAAUGCAUACUGCAUUAUUUUGGAAUGGAAUCGGUUUCAUCUGUGCCUACUGUACAUGUUCCACCUUCAUUUAAUAACUUAGAAGAAAAGCGACAAUGGUUGUUUGAGACAAUUGGUGAUGUAAUUUCCAAAUAUGUUUUAUCUGAUGGCAAUACAAAUGAGUGCUGGACAGAAGAGGCAAUAAAAGUUAAUGGACAGCCAGUUGUUGUACAACUAACUGAUGGAAGAAAAGUAACAUUAAUGAAAAAGUCAAAAGCACCAAAAUAUGACUAUGUAAAAAAUUAUGCACAGAUGAUGCUAGAGCUUGGUCUGCUUUUCAAAGAUCUAAUGGAUAUGAUAAAAUUGCCAGAGCGAACCCGAGGCAUUAGGCUAUUGAAAGUAGCUAUGCUUUAUUUCAAAAGUCAUAAAAAUUUGUCAAAGUAUGCUCUUGACAUACUACGCUUUCUGGUUCACCAACUCAUACUUCUGUCUGAGAAGGAAGCAAAUGAAGAAUUUUAUGGGCUUUUUGUCAACACAAAUGGUCACUUUAAUGGCCACAUCCCUGCAGACUUAGCUAUGGAACAUCUAGUCAAGAAAGUGAAAGAUCACUUAAAACAUAUGUUUUCAAAUAAAACAGAAAGCAACAUAAUGAAUAGAACAAAAGCUCUGGGUGCCAUUCGAGACAUUGCUGAAAAUUUUGAAAAACAAUCAAAGGUUAUUAUUAGAGCCAAAAAACAUUCUGACAAAUCUGCUGCAGAUGAUGAAAAGAUCAUUUUAAAAGACCUCAGGAAAUUGAAACCAUUUCAAUUUGAGGCUGGCAGAGCACAUGAACAUUUCUCAAAGAUUCCUAGCACUAUAGUGAAUCAGUUUAAUACUAGCCAUUACUUUGAAUGGAUUGAACCAAGGAUACAGAUGUUUGCAACAGAAAUUGGAAACUGAAGAUUUUUAA